AUGUCUCGACUGGGUCAAGUCCUCUUGCUGGCGUCUGCCCUGCCUCUGGCCUGGGCCCAGACCAUCGUCGUUGAUGAUACAGUCCUUGAGGCCAACGAGUCGACCGUGGCCCCGGCCGCUGAGUCCGUCUUCACGGCUGCUUCCGAUCUUCUCGACGAGGAGAGCGUCCAGCUGACCGAUGCCGUCCUGGCAAACCUCACGGACCUCUCCCUCUCCAACAUUUCUCUAUUCGACUUCGACACCACAGCCGCGCGCGAGAAGCGUUCAGGCGCCGCCCGCACCUUCAACAAAUGCAAGACGUACCCCGGCGACUUCCUGUGGCCCAGCAAACCCGUAUGGAACAUCUUCAACCUCCUCACUGGUUUUGCCGUCAGUGAGACUGUGCCCAUUGGCGCCUCCUGUUUCGACGACUAUGGCAACUAUGAUGCCACUCGCUGCGAGUACAUCACCAACCAGUGGACGAACUCGACCAUCCACGCCGACGACCCUACCUCGAUCAUGAGUCCCCUGUACCAGGGCCUGACCUGCAUGCCGCCCUCGGUCGACAACAGCUCUGCCGGCACCUGCACCGUCGGCGGGUUCCCCUCGUACGUCGUCAAGGCCACCAACGUCGCCCAGAUCCAGCUGGCCGUCAACUUUGCCCGCAACCUCAACCUCCGCCUGGUGGUCAAGAACACCGGCCACGACUUCAACGGCCGCUCCACCGGUUCCGGUGCCCUCUCCAUCUGGACCCAUCUUCUGAAGAGCAUCAGCUUCCACAAGGCCUACACGACCCCCUCGUACGCCGGCCCGGCUAUCAAGGUCGCCGCCGGUGUGCAGGGUUUCGAGCUCUACGAGGCCGCAGAGAGGUUCGGCGUAACCGCUGUCGGAGGCGAGGGCAUGACUGUUGGCUUCGCCGGAGGCUACCUUGCCGGCGGCGGCCACUCGCCGCUCUCGCCCAAGUACGGCAUUGCCGCUGACUCGGUCUUGAGCAUCGACGUCGUCACCCCUGACGGCCGCUUCGUGACUGCCAACGAGAAACAGAACACGGAGCUGUUCUGGGCCCUCCGCGGUGGUGGUGGCAACACUUUCGGUGUUGUCACUUCGUACGUCGUCAAGGCCUAUCCCAAGCUCGACACCGUCGCCGUCAUGACCUUCAGCUUCAGCACCAGCGAGACCGUAAGCCACGACGCCUUCUGGGCCGGUGUCAAGGCCUACUGGGAGGGUCUCCCCACCUGGAACGCCGCCGGAAACUACGAGUACUGGAACAUCUUCCACACCGGCCCGGGCUCCCUGACCUUCACGAUGCUCCCCUGGUUUGCCCCGAACAUGACCCUCGCCGAGCUCAAGGCCCUCACCGCGCCCCUCUUCGCCAAGUGGGCCGAGCUCGGCAUCGUCGUCGACCCGGUCUACACCGAGCACAAGAGCUUCCUGCCCGCCUGGAAGGCCGGCUUCCCCAAGGAGAUCGUCGGCGGCACCGCCGCCAAGACGGCCUGCCGCCUCUUCCCCACCGAGAACUUUUCCGACGCGGCCAAGUUUGACGCCACCUUCGAGGCCCUCAAGGGCCUUAGCGACAAGGGCGGCCAGAUCAUCGGCUUCGGCAUCACGGGCGGGCCCGGCCCGUAUCCCGACAACGCCGUCAACCCGGCCUGGCGCGGCUCCGCCAUGUUCGCCAUCUCGGUCCUCCAGUGGGACGUCGGCACCCCGGCCGAGGUCGCGGCCGAGAAGUCCAAGCUGCUGACCAACGAGUGGAUGCAGCCCUGGCGGGACGUCACACCCGGCGGCGGCGGGUACGCGAGCGAGGGCGACGUGACCGAGCCCGACUUCCAGCAGUCCUUCUAUGGCACCGAGAAGUACGCCCGUCUCCUCGCCCUCAAGAACAAGAUCGACCCCACGGGAGUCUUCUACGCCAACCUGGGUGUCGGCAGCGAGAGCUGGUACGUGACGCGCCAGCUCGAGGGCCUGCCAACCCAGAACGGUCGUCUCUGCCGAGUCUGA